CUUCCGUAGUCACGUUUGCGGAAGUGCGUGUGUGUGUGGUUGAGGGUCCGGCGUGUGUUUUUGCUACCUGUUUUUGUGAUCUCUAUAAUUAUUUUUGUGAAUCUAAGGAGAAGACAUCGCCAUGUCUCAGAUUGUCCUGGGACAGUUUGACGACGCAGAGGAAUCGGGCAGUGACACAGAGUUGAGCUGCAUUAAAGAGAAAGAGCGAUCACUAGAGAACAAUCUCAGCGGAGUGACAUUGCAGGCAAAUGAUGAGAACAAGGAUGAUUAUGAAGACGAUUAUGAUGAUGAUGAUGAUGAUGAUGAUGACGACGACGAUUGGGACUGGAAAAAUUCACCCGGAGGAAACUUUACUAAACGCUACGCUGCGAUGCGGACGGGAAACAAUCAGCAGGCAAACCGACAAAACACCCAAAAGUCAGAAAAGCUCUCGACACCUUCAGACAAGGUGCUGAUGAAGUUUGAACACAAGAUAAACCUGGACAAACUAAACUACGCAGAUUCGGUCAUCAACAAAGUCACCGCGAUACAACGACAGAGAGAAGCCGACAUGUAUCGAGUUAAAGACAAGUCUGAUAGAGCGACGGUGGAACAGGUUUUGGACCCCAGGACUCGAAUGAUACUCUUCAAAAUGCUAAGCAGAGGCGUCAUUUCAGGGAUUAACGGCUGCAUCAGUACAGGAAAAGAGGCCAAUGUCUACCAUGCGAGCACAGCUAAAGGAGAAAGCCGUGCUAUUAAGAUCUACAAGACCUCCAUUCUGCUGUUUAAGGACAGGGAUAAAUACGUCAGUGGGGAGUUCAGGUUUCGGCACGGUUACUGUAAAGGCAACCCGAGGAAGAUGGUACGGACGUGGGCCGAGAAGGAGAUGAGGAACCUGAUCAGACUACAGACAGCAGGGAUUCCCUGUCCUGAGCCCAUCAUGCUUCGGAGCCAUGUCUUGGUCAUGGGCUUUAUUGGAAAAGAUGGCAUGCCUGCACCUUUACUGAAGAACGCUGCACUGUCCGCAUCCAAAGCGUGUGAGCUUUACCUGCAGAUCAUCCAGAACAUGAGGGUGAUGUAUCAGGAGGCUCGGCUCGUGCACGCAGAUCUCAGCGAGUUUAACAUUCUGUACCACGACGGAGAUGCGUUCAUUAUCGAUGUCUCUCAAUCGGUGGAGCACGAUCAUCCACAUGCUCUGGAGUUUCUCCGCAAAGACUGCAGCAAUGUGAACGACUUUUUCCAAAAACACAGUGUAGCUGUGAUGACGGUUCGGGAGCUGUUUGAGUUUGUCACAGACCCGUCCAUCACCACCAACAACAUCAACCAGUACCUGGAGAAGGCGAUGGAGAUCGCAUCAAACAGACCCGCAGAGGACAGAUCCAACCAAGACAGCGUGGACGAUGAAGUGUUUAAGAAGGCCUAUAUUCCUCGAACCCUGAACGAAGUGAGUCAUUACGAACGAGACGUGGACGCCAUGACGAAGGAGCAGGAGAACAAACAGAAUGAUAACGUCCUGUACCAGACAGUUACGGGCAUGAAAAGGGAUCUUUCGGGCGUGCAGACGGUUCCUUCCUUACUCGAGGGUUGUGUGGAAGACAUUAGCUCCAGCAGCGAUGAAGAUGAAGAGUUGGACGACGAAGAUGAGCACGAAUCUGAAGAAGACGACACACAGGAACACAGCGACCAGAACCAGGCGCAAGCGCUGGAUAAAAAAGAAAGAAAAAAGUUGGUAAAAGAAGCUCAGAGGGAAAAACGGAAAAGUAAAGUACCAAAACAUGUGAAGAAGCGCAAGGAGAAAGUGGCCAAGAUGAAGAAAGGAAGAUAGGAAGAGAAUCGUUGUACUUGCGGUCCAUGAGCGAUGGACAGAAGUCUUUAUAUCAGUUUAAUAAACUCAGAUAAGUUUGCAGCCUU